ACUGUUCACGAGACUUAUCGAUAGGACGAGUUGUAAUCGAUUGUGAGAUUUCAAUAACAUUGAGAUCGAGUGUGGCCCUGAUAGUGUGUGGCCGUGCGUGUCUAUCGAGAAGAGAACGAGGAAAAGCACACACACGCAGCGGCAAGAAUCAAUAAGAGGAAAACUACAGGGACACGCUUCACAAUUUGGAUUAAAUCUACGCUCCGUCAUCAGAAGUAGGAUUGUGCCUUCGUCUGCACACCAUGGAGGAACAACUGCGCAUCUUGAUGGAGCACCAAAACCAAAGUUUCUUGGAAUUGGCAAAAACACUGUAAGCGUCUGUGUGAGAACCGGCACAAAAUGGCGUCGUCACAUUGCCAAAGUUUAACGCCGACAUUCCAGGCGCCGACGCUACUCAAUGGUGCUCUACGGUUGAUAUUAUUUUGGCUGAAAAACCUCUGGAAGGCAGUGCAUUAAUAUUGGCCUUAACAAAAUCGCUGGAAGGAAGUGCGUCCCAAUGGCUGUCAGAAGUGUGCUAUGCUGGUGUGACAUGGUUGGAAUUUAAGCAGUUAUUCCAACAACGCUAUGCAAAUGCAGAGACGCCAGACGCCAUGUUUUUACAGUUACUGAACAGUCGCCCAGGCAACCGUGAAUGCCUUGCCAUAUAUGCUAGUCGCAUGGUGACGUCACUCGUUUGCAAAUGGAAGGGCUUGGAUACCGAGAGGAUUGCUGUGUCUGUGAUUUUGGGACAUUUAGCCAACUUUGAUCGCCGAUUACAAAGAAUUGCCUACACUGCCGAGAUCAAGAAUAGACGCGACUUACAGGCUGAGUUGCAGGUCUUCGCUUUUGACAGGCGCACACAUCAUUCUGGAGAUGAGGAAUCUGGAGGAAAGCGAGCUAAGUUCGCGCCCUUGAAGUGCCAUCUUUGUGGUAAAAUGGGGCACAAGAUGAUUGACUGCCGAAACAGGAAGCAGAGCGCUGGCAUGUCGAGACAGGAUCACCGAGGAAGCCAAUCAUUUCAGCAGCAUUCUAAAGGCAGUAUAACUUGCUAUCGCUGCCAGGAGCAAGGUCAUAUAGCUUCACAAUGCCCCAAAAAUAUGGCAAGUGGUGGAGCUGGAUUUCGGAACGAGAAGAGAGCUGAGCUGUGCGUGGUGGAUGAACCAAAGACAAGUAGCUAGCUCAUACACGAGGGCGUGUAAUUUAUCAGAAUGGCCGUGUCGGAGAAGGGAAUGAUAUUUUGAAAUAGGCGCCCUAUCGAUGGUCAACUGUUCACGAGACUUAUCGAUAGGACGAGUUGUAAUCGAUUGUGAGAUUUCAAUAACAUUGAGAUCGAGUGUGGCCCUGAUAGUGUGUGGCCGUGCGUGUCUAUCGAGAAAAGAACGAGGAAAAGCACACACACGCAGCGGCAAGAAUCAAUAAGAGGAAAACUACAGGGACACGCUUCACAAUUUGGA